CCGAACAAAAUCAAUUAGUACAGCUAAUAACACUAACGGUACCAAUUUUAUUGCACCAGAUGCGCAUUUAGACCAUUAAUGUCUCUUCAGUGAUGAUGGAGAACAAAAUAUUUUAAAAAUUCAAAUCCCUAAACAAUCGUUGAAGAGCUAAUAAAACCAAAAAAGGACAUAAAGUAAAGCCAAAUCCGAACAAGGAAUUAUAGCUUUUGCUUAAUUUAAAAUGAUUUUAAAAAUUUUAUAACAGCAAGUUAAAUUCAAAUACUAUCCGUAUUUUCAUGCCAGUACCGAAAUAUUGGCUACUGGGCUUACGUGAUACCCUCGGGGACUGACAGUCAAUUAGCAGAAGUAUCGACCAGUGGUAGUAUUACCAUUGACGGUACCUGGACAACGAAUCAAAAUAUCAGUUCUAAUUUUGUAAACAGAAAUGUGAAAUAUGUCAGUGCAACCAGAGCCGUAUAAUAUAGUAUUUCUAUGGUGAAACAUAUAUAUUCAGUUAUUACGUUUUAUAUGGGCGUGAUGAAAAAAUGUUCAUUAUAUGGGCGUGAUGAAAAAAUAUUCAGUACACAAAUCUUCAGGGGCCAAUGGAAUACGAAAAAAACAAUUAAACCCCUGAUUCAACUGGACCCAGGGACCUUCAAUUAACCACAGAAGUCGAAUUGUUUUCAAAGUAUGAACAAACUCGAAAGAGGUUCUCUCACUUAAAGCUAGACGUAUGAUAUUGUUAUCGUUGUCUUUUGUGAGAUGUCUAUUUGCUUUUAUAAUGUUACUUGUGAUAAUAGUAAUAAAUCCGAGACAUAUACUACACUCAUAAUUGGGUAUAACAUGUCUCUGACGGAAUUAACGAUUCCAUAAUUUUUCGGGUGGCCUUGCAUUAAUGUUAAACUAAAAUGUACAGUUGUUUAAAAGAAGAAAACAGUGCAAUUAAAAGUAUUUUGAUAUUACAGAGAAAUUAUAUUUUUUAGCUGCUACUGAGUGGUGUAUUUUGUUUUUCUAUUAGAUAGCCUUGGUUGAUAUUCCAAGUUAAAUUGAAGAAACGAAAAGACUCCUGAAUUUAAACGUUUUUCAGACGAGGGUUUUGCCUCACCCUUUCUCAGAGUCAUUGUGAAAUACUUCCACGUCUAUAUGACACAUACAUUCUUUUGUUCUGGAUACACAGCAAACAUUUUCUAUAUAUGAAAAUGAAAUAUGUGACGUUGAUAUGUAUUGUAUUUGCAACCGGUGUAUUUGCAUCCAUAGUUGGAGUUAAAGCUAAAAUCCAAGAUGACAAUCAUGAUGUCCCUCUUCGUUUCAACGCCUACCGAAAAAACCACAAAUCGCCAUGCCAGGAAAAUGAUUGUAUGAGAGAUAACUUUGCAUGUCUCCCUAAUUCUGUAGGUACAUUAAUUGGUGUCUGUGAUGAUGAAGUUGUGAAUAGAAGUGUGAAUUUAGUUUAUUACCUUCAAGAUGGUAAUGGUGUGCAACCUUUCCAUCGACAACUUGUUCUAAAAAUAUCUUCUCCAAUAUAUUCAAUUAUUUCUGCAAUAAUGGUUCAGUUUCAUCAAAAUCUUGAAGAAGAAGGCAUAUUGAAGGGCAUUAAACAAGAUGCUUGUAAAGCUGAACUCGCAAUAAUCAAUUUAUGUAAGAAAGACGUUGAUUUGAAUUUAACAUGUCUUCCUGAUAAGACGACAUGUGCCAUUAUGAAAUAUAGCUGUAUCAAAUCAAAAGAUGCAGGGGUUUUAAUCAAUACAUACAAUGAAAACACAAAGAAAAUAAAUGAACAAUACAUAAAUAUAUAUACGAGCUGGAAGUAUUAUUCCUUUUUUGCCAAACUUCUUUGCGAAUAUGAAAACUUUGAGAUCAUUCCAAGAUACAGUCUAACUCGCCAAUACAGAAUAUAUCUAUCAUCCAAUGAAAGCAAUAAUGUACCUUCAACUAUGGAUAAAUCCGAUCAAGUAUCACAACGCAUAACAGAUGGUAUCAUAGGAUUUUGUAUCUGUCUUGGUGUCAUCCUGAUUGUACUAUGCGGUUAUUUGUUUUGUCGAAGAAGACGGAGGAAGAAAAAUCAACAACAACCCAUACACAACGAGAACAGUUCAAAUUACAGUGAAAUGACACGUAUACCAUAUAGUGCAAACACUGACGAUUCAUCAAAAGAUUACACAAUUCAAGAUCACCAAGACUUAUACUUCCAUAUAGGAUCUACAUCGGCAUAGUUCUAAGGCUAUAUUAUGAUCCAACGAGUAUAUCUUCUUCGAAAAUGUGUUUUGACAUUCAAUUUCAAGAACGCUUUAUCUUAUUAGUUUGUGGUUUGUUUAUUAAUAGCUGUAUAUACAAUCUUGUAAUCAAAUAAAAC